CUGAUAUGGACGGUCAAGAUGUAUAAUAGCAGAACUUUACUGUAGUAGGAGAGCCGGGUCCCAGAAGAACACUGAAAGGUGCCGUUUAAUGUCAAGAGCGCUCGAAGAAACGGGGCGUUUAGGCGAACCUCCGCUUAUUAAUCACUUUGGGGAUGUUCGUUCCAAUCAGAGCAGAGGCAUCAAUGGCGAGGUGGAUUGGCGGAACCUUGAUUAGGCACUUUUCAGCGAAGCCAAAACUUCCGAAGCCGAAGAUGAAACCGAUAGAGCUCAAUACACCACCGGAGCACACGCAAACGAUCACAAGAGCUAUAUUUGACAUAGUGAAGGAACACGGCCCUCUCACUGUCGGCCAAACCUGGGAUCGCGUCAAGGAAGUUGGGUUAAAAGGAUUGACGGGCAAAAGCCACAUGAAGAUAGUAUUGAGAUGGAUGAGGGAGAGACAGAAGCUUAGGCUGAUCUGCAACCAUGUCGGGCCUCACAAGCAAUUUCUAUAUACCGCUUGGUUUACAAAGAGUCACAUCAAGGAGCCAAAACGAGUAGACAGGAAUUCUUUAGGACCAAAGGCGCCUUGAGAUUAGCUAGUGCCAAGCAUGUAAACCUAUUAUUUUCACCUCACCAUCUUGUUAUGUUACAUUGAUGAACUUCAGUUUCAAUCUGGCAAAUUCCAGUUGGUGAAGCUAAUUGAUGUAGUCGAUUCGACUAGAUUUUUGUUA